GCAGAAGAGUCAUUCAUGUUGGAAGUCAGGGCAAAGCGUGACCAUUCAGAAGACGAGAAUGGCCACGACUUCGGCAACGAAGAGGCCGCUACGAAGAAUUACGGCUAUGGAGGUGCGUAUGCAGGCAACGGACAUCACCGCCACCACGGUGUGGGGUACAGUAUAGGCAGCGGCUUGGUAUCCAUUGCCCAAGGGGCAGCUGACCAGGCGAACACAGCGAUCCAAAACCAGCAUGUAGCAGGGGGGCAGGCUGCGUUCCAGGCGAAGAACAACCUUGCGCAGAAUGCAGCAGCCGCUGCUGCUACCGCGCAGGCCGCUCUUGCAGGGAAACAGGUGAUCGUGAGCAACCUGGAGCAACAGCACCGCGACACGCAGGGCCAGGUGGAAGCUGAAGCGCUGCAACUGACACAGGCCCAGCGCGCAGCCGUUGCAACGCAGCAAUCUGCACAACACGCCCAGGCUCAGGUUCGGUCGCUGACUGCCGCUUUGAACGCUGCACAGACGAACGCAGACCAGGCGGCGAGGGCUGCGCAAGAGGCGGCUUCCGAGGCGGCAUCACAGAGCAACAUGCUGGCGGCCGCAAAGCAGCGUCUGAACCUGAUAUCUGACCAGUUGGGAGAUGCGCGCGCAGAUCUGGAGGCAACACAAAAUGCCGCUCUACGCGCCGCUCAGGCUGCGCAAACUGCUCAGGCCAAUGCUGCCAAACACGCAGUGGGCCUGCACGGAGGAUUCGAGGAAGGUGGUUUCAGGGGAGGCUUCCACCAUUACUAAUUUAGUCAGUUACUUCCUUCCACAUUCCUUUCUUAACGUGUUUCUCCCUUCUCCUAUUCUUUUUCUUACUUCUUUAUUCCCUACUCAAUUCACUCCUUAAAUUUUCCUUCCUUUUAAUCAUCGUUACAUCAUUUUGCUUUCCCUUUUUUCUUUUUUCAGUCUUUCUCAGCCCUAGUUAUACAUAGGAUAUUACAGUUACCAUUGCAAGUCGUUCGUAUUGUAAACACUGCAGGAACAUCCGUAGAUUUUUAGAAAUUAUCUUCUGCUGGCAGAAUAUCCUAUUAUGUAUAUCUUACAUGGUAUCUUGGAUUGGUGUAUUUCAAUGAUGUAUGCUGCGCCAGAAGCAACCUACUUUUACGUGUAUUUUAUAAUUCGUUUGUUGCUAAUCUUGUUUUGUAUGCUUACGCCUCAAUCAUGUUCUUGUAUGUGUUCCUUUUAUAAUACAGAAAAACUUGUUAAAAGAUAAGUGUAUUUUCUUCGUCUUGCACUCUUAUAUUGUGUACAGACUAUAUCCCUAAACUCUGCGUAAAAGGCAAUAAUCUCCUCCGGAGUGGCUAUCAGGUGCCUUCAUGAAUAAUACAAAGGUCAAAUGUGUUGCCAACUUACAUUCAAAUCUUGGAACUAUGUUUUCAAUGCAUGUACAAAAAUUUUGUAACAAUACACGUUUUAACAUGUUCAUUGAUAAAGCUCCUUUCAAGUUAAAAUAAGACGUCAAACUGUAAUUUGAGAAUACCUAAUUUAUUUUAUUAUGCUGACUAAAUACUAUUAAAAUCCCCAAAUGUUGCAAUCACAAAUGAGCAUCUGAACCAGCUCAGUACUU